GAUGAGUUCAGUUCACGUUCAACGUUCAAGCGGGAAGCUGUUGUACGGGAUUUAUUUUCCGACGUUGGUGCUUUGGGGCCCCUCUCGGUGUUGUCAAAAGCAGUGAUCCAAGUUCUCAAUUGAGUGUUGGUCGUUGGCGAACCCGACUUGAGAGUAUUAAGGGGGAGUGGAAUUUUAAUGGCGUUGGAGUUUUGAGUUUUGAAACGAUAUACCACUGGUUUUGAAACAAGUGCGUGGAGUAAAGAAAGACAAGUUAAAAAAAUAGAGUUCAGUGUUGGCAGGACCAGUGUCUGCCAACACUAACCCCCCUAGAGGCGCUUUUUUUUUUAUCGCAGGUUCUGAGUCCUCGUCACCCCUCGUCAAAUGCCAGGGAUCUCAGGGACCACGAACGAAGCUGAACAUCCCUGGGGAGCGUGGUGUGGAGGAGCCAAAAUAUCGUCGGUGUGGCCACAGGGCGGGUCGGCCCCGGCCACCCCGGUCCCGCCCGUCCAUCUACCUCUUCCCCUCACCACUUCUCACAAGGACAUGGAACCUCUGGACGACGAUGACGUCAACUCCUUGCACGACGACAAAGACCUGGGGAACGCCGACGCCGAGGGCGUCUGGUCCCCAGAUAUCGAACAGAGUUUCCAGGAGGCGCUGGCCAUAUACCCUCCCUGCGGCCGACGUAAGAUAAUCCUGUCGGACGAAGGCAAGAUGUAUGACAGGAACAAGGCGUAUGGUCGUAAUGAGUUGAUCGCCCGUUAUAUCAAAUUGCGCACUGGAAAGACGCGAACAAGGAAACAAGUCUCUCAUAUUCAAGUCCUGGCAAGACGUAAGCUACGUGAAAUCCAGGCCAAGCUAAAGGAUGUACCAGGGGGUUGCUCAUCUGAUGACAAUGGAGGAAUGCUUAGAUUGGAUUCUGCUACAAAAGAGAAAGCCCUUCAGACUAUGUCAUCCAUGUCAUCUGCGCAAAUUGUGUCAGCGUCCGUGAUGCACAACAAAGGCUCCCUUCCAUUACCUCCAACACCAGUGUCCUAUCCCAGUCCCUUUUGGCAGGGUGGCAUACAGGCUGGCACUAGUCAGGAUGUUAAGCCAUUUGCUCAGUCACCAUUUGGAAUGGGUGGAGAGACUAAACCUGGUGCUGGUGGAAUGAGUGGACUCCUUCAACCUGCUGCGCCUUCAAUCACUGUACCACCUUGGGAAGGAAGAUCCAUAGCCACACAAAAACUGAGACUUGUAGAAUUCAGUGCAUUUAUGGAGUCCCAGAGAGAUCCAGACACAUAUCAGAAACAUCUAUUCGUUCACAUAGGCGGGCCAACUUCUUAUACGGACCCUAUAUUAGAGGCUGUUGACAUUCGACAAAUUUAUGACAAGUUCCCUGAAAAGAAAGGUGGCCUAAAAGAACUAUACGACAAGGGACCACAGAAUGCUUUCUUCCUUGUCAAGUUUUGGGCUGAUCUAAAUGUUAACAUUCAGGAUGAAUCUGGAGCAUUUUAUGGUGUUACAAGCCAGUAUGAGAGCCCUGACAAUAUGACAAUCACCAGUUCCACUAAAGUGUGCUCCUUCGGCAAGCAGGUUGUGGAGAAAGUGGAGACGGAAUAUGCACGUUUUGAGAAUGGAAGAUUUGUAUAUCGCAUACACAGGUCUCCCAUGUGUGAAUAUAUGAUUAAUUUUAUACACAAACUGAAACACUUACCAGAGAAAUAUAUGAUGAACAGUGUGUUGGAAAACUUUACAAUCUUGCAGGUUGUUACGAAUCGGGAUACUCAAGAAACUCUGCUGUGUGUUGCAUAUGUGUUUGAAGUUUCCACAUCAGAGCAUGGUGCACAACAUCACAUUUACCGAUUGGUGAAGGACUAACAACACGCCCCAAUGCAGCUUAUACUUGCAUCAUGUCAGGCUCUGAACUGGCAGUUUGUGUAGUACUGUACUAUGUUCCGUAUUGCAGGAAAUGCCUUGUGAAGGAAGACAGUUGUGCCCCUAUAUAAAACUCAUUUGCCUGUAUGUUGCCAUUCUGAUCUCUUGCCAGAAGUUUAAUAAUAAUCUAAAAAAAAAAAGCAUUUAAGGAAGGACAUAAUACAGUACAUUGGAAAAAUCUCAUCUUGGCCCAGGCAUAAGUCGGCAAGCAAAAGCACACCUACUCAGUCUCAGAAUUGCACAGUAUGGUUGGACGUUUUAUCUUGAUUCCAGUGUGUUUCAUAUCAAAACAAAUGUGUUAUUUUGGCAGCUGUUAUUCAAGCCUAUACUUGAUGCCCCUGAAGUUAAAGUAACAGUUUAAUCUGUUAAAUGAAGCUUACAAUAAAAAAAAAUGGUUAAAAAAAAAAAGACGGCCCAAUACUCAAGCGAAAAGAUGUUGCUUGUAUUUGUAAAUGUGUUUUCUGCAGUGUAACAGCAUUAGUAGUUCAGUAUUGUUUACUGAUGCACCAUGCAGAGUUAUCUGUGAUCUGAUAUUCAGAUAUGCAACUCUGGAGGUGCAUAGCACUACUGUAAAAAACAAAAAAUGUAUAAAAAGAUAAAAUGAAUCACUGGAAUUAAUCAGUGGACCUAAAGGUUGAACUUAAUAACAUUUACAGGUAUAAAUAUGAUGUACAGUACAUAUACUGUAUUUAUGUAGAUGUGCACAUAUUUAUAUUCUGCAGGGCUGGCAGUUGGUGCAUGUGAGGAGAGUGGAGUGAGUGCUUUGCUCUGUGCCUCAUUGACAAACACUCGUUGUACAGUGUGCUGGGGUGCUACCCAUCCAGGUCAUCGACAUGCAAAAUACCUUGUAUUGCCUACUGUACUUAAAAACACAUGCGUCACUGAGUCACGCAGUGCAAAUUGUGACUAUCCAAAUGUGAAAAAAGUGAUUUAAGAUAUUUUUGUAAUUUAUACUCAGAGAAAAUUAAAUGUUUGCAAGUCCAUGGUGAGACAUCAUUAUGACUGUCUUUCACAUCUACAUUAUUGUAUUAUAUGAUACACUUUUCCCCCACUUGUACAAACUAUCAUUGAAGGCUGUUACUUCAAAAUAAGCAGCUUAUAACGAAAGUCUACACAUAUCGCUUCACUCUUCUAUAUUUUUCCUUUUUUUUAUUUUUUUUUUCUAUUUCUUUUUCCAAACCUCUGUAGUUUAGGAAUGUCAGUGUUUAAGAACUGUUGGAUAGUCUAGUUAUCUUUGGGUACUGGAGGGGCGCAUGUUGUUUAAACAAACACCUCCUACCCUCAGUCCCGCAACUUGCGUCCCCCCACAGCCUCUUGUAUACCGGUAGAUUAUUAUUAUAAUUAUAAUUAUUUCUUUUUACAAGUUGUUGUUGUUGUUAGGGAAUUUUUUUGUGAUCUCAGAUGUUCUUAUCCAAAGGCUUUAAAAGUCAGGAGGUGAAGUUGAUGAAUGGGAAUUUUUGUGUUUCCAGUUCAUUAAGUUGCUGUUUUAGUGCCAAGACAUAAGUAGGGUUUGUGUUGAAGUAAGACCUUCUUUGUGCAACGUACGUAUCAUCAUUUUCAUCCAUUGGACAAUUUUUUUUUCUUUUCAUGAUAAAACUAAUAUGCCAUAUUAAAUGAUAAUUGUGAUUCAUAACAGAGGCUUUAUCACUUUACACUCAUGAUUGAUUUCAGUUUUUGCGUAUAAGCACACAAAGUGCCUUCAUUGUUUAGCCAUUCAAUUCCCUACAGUCUGAGGUGGGUAAACCCUUGUGUUAUGUCAACAAGAUAUAAAUGGAAGUGAAUUACAUCUUGCAUUUCAAGUAAUGUUUCCCUCAGUAACUGGAAGGGAUUUUUUCAUUUUUUUUUAAUUUCUUAAAACAAAGGCUUACCCAAGAUAUUGCAUAUUCUCAGAUUGACAAGGAAAAGCAGCUUGACUAUCCAGGCAACUACCUCUCUUUGUCCCUCAAUACCCAAUCAGACCCAACAUUCAUCCCAUCCUUUACUGCAUGUGGGACUGAGAUGAAUAUUUAGGAUGGCCUAGAACAUCUUUGGCAAAAUAGUUUUUCUUUUUUUUUUCUGUUAUUUUACUGACUUCCCAUAGAGAAGAACUGAAGGUGCUGUUUUUUUUUUUCUUUUUUUUUUUUAAACUUUACAUCAGUGUUUUUUAACUCAACAAUAUAUCACAUUUGCCUCCAUUGUUAACUUAUGUCAGACUACUUAAUACAUCAGUGGAGAGUGAGGAAGGUCUGUUCCUUGUUCUUUCAUACUUUUAGAGACCAUCCCACCUUUUUAGAUUAGAAGGACCCUCAGCCAAGUUUUGAAGUAUUAUCAUAAAACUACAUUGUCAUUCAGACACAAAAAGAUGUAUUUGUCAGUUGGCCGUCAUAGAUACCUUUGAAUAACCCAAGGAUCUAAAUAAAGAACCAUGUCAGUUAAUUGAUAAAAUGUCUGAGUUGCAAUAGUUUUGUAUAAAUUUCAUGUAAAGGCUCUAAUGUGGCAUGCAAAAGUUUAAGCCUUAGAAUUAACUCAGUAUUAGUGACAUGUUUUGCAAUUUAGAACCUUAUGAUAUCUCCUUGCUAAGUUUAAUUCAUGUACACAAAAGAAAGGGUUUCUACUAAAGUUCUGUCCUUAGGAUCAUUGUUGUAAUUUAUCAAAUUUGAGUUUAGACUCAGAAAAGCUUAUCAUUUCAUCACAGUUUUCAGUGGUUUCAUUUCACAAAGCUUAUGUGUAGAUAUAUGAAGUACAUACACUAUUGUCCCUCAAAGAAAUCUUUACUGCUAGCCAUAACCAAUGAGCAAAUGCAUUGUAAUGGGCCUCUUGAAUCCUGUGAUAAACGAUCAGAAGAGGAGAAAGCUGCUAGUGUAUGCCACACCAUAAAGUUAUUGUAUUGUAUGUUACUGAACUAAUGAACUUUGAAACUGAGGAUGCAAACAAAUAAAAAAAAAGUAUUUUUUCUUUUAAAUAUCUAUGCGUAGUGCAAUGAAAAUCUCUUCCCACGAUAUAAAGGCCUUCUUCACCAAUCAUGACUGUUAAACUAAAAUAUCUGAUUGUUCAGAUUUAGGUGGCAUACAGUUUAGACAUGUACUUAUCUGAGCCAAGUCUGAGUCCUGAAUAUAACAAGAAAAUGCAUUGUGGUUAUGAAGUCAUGCAGAGUUAUUUCUUAAGUGUUUUUAAUAGCAUUAUGGAAAGUUUUUAUUUGAUUUAAUAGGUUUUUGUUGUAGAGAGAAUUGUUAGCUACUAUAAUGGAAGAUGGUAUAGAUUGUGCAUAUAUAUUUUUAUUUUAAAUUAAAUUGUACUCGGGCAUGACUCAGUUAAGUUGAAGUCUAAAAUAUGUCCCUAGUUCUGACUUUGUUGUACAGUGUGUUUCUUGACCAUUUAUAAGUUGACAGAAUUAUUGGCUGAAACAGUGUUUGCCCAACUGAAUGUGGUAGACUGGAUGAAUUACCAUUUUGUACAGUUGUAUAAAAUAGACAUUUUUACGUGAUAA